AACUAUAUAUUUUAUCGCUCACAAGGGGUGGACUCUUUGUAGAAAAACAUGGCUAUAUCGCUAGAUGAUAAACACAAGGAGCAUCUAUCCUUUUUAGAGAAUCUUGAUCAAUCAGCUUUGGAAGAUUUUUGUAUGAUAUCCAUUGAAUUUAUUGGAAGAGGAGUAAAUAAGAAAGUUUACUCAACUGCUGCACAAAAACUCGGGGUUGAUCCGGAAAUAGUAAAACAUGCAGUUGAGGGACUUAUGUACCUCUUUGCAAAAUGUUCAAAAUAUAAUCUUCAAGAAAAAGAAUUUCUAGAGACUUUAAUUCCAUUAAAUUUAUCAGAAAAAACUAAAGAACAUUUGCUUGAAUUGUACAAAUCAAAAUAUGCAUCAAUUCAUGCUCAGUUAACUGAAUUAAUACCAAGUAUUCCAGCCUAUAGUAAACUGGAAUGGCGCUUCGAUAUUGAAAUAGCUUCUAGAUCUCUACGAAAACAAGUUCAACCUGUCAUUCUACUGAAAUUCUAUCUCAAUCAUAAUGGUGUUGAAGAAGAGAGGAUUUUACAAACAGAUCCUUCAAAUUUAAUUCGACUAACUGCAAAACUGGAAGAAGCUUUACACAGCUUGCAAUCGUCUCAUUCGAAGAGUGAUGUUGCUAUUUAG